AUGGCGGACCAAAUCGUGGACGCGGUCGAGUCGUACGAUCCAUCUGUAACGUCCAUCCUGAACAAACUCCCUGGCAAACGCAUCGACGCCUACAUACGCAAAGUGUCCAGUCGAGGCAUCCCCCAGCAAGGCGAGACGACAGGGGGUUACACGGAGGGGUACGCACACCUGUCCCACAUCCCGCUCUUCUCGCUCUACUCAGAAGAGCAACACAAGAUCCUGGCCAAGAAAUGGGGCGAGACGAGCAAGUGGCAGGACUGGGGCAACAAGGACCUCGACCUGCAGACCAAGGCCACCAUCAAGGGCAUGGAGAUCAUGGGCGGCGGGCACGGCACCAUCACCACGGUGAAAUGGAUGACAAGGACCAUCGGUGGUCUGGAGACCAUGGCUGCCGGUAUGGCAAUGGAGCAAAAUCAGCUCGUGGUCAUCACGAGAUGGAUUGUUCCCGCCCGGCCAGGCACGCUGGCUUGGUUGGUUGAUGUAUUCGAGCACCGAUGGCUGGAUCCGAACAGUACGCGGGGCAAGAUGUCCAAGAUAUCUGGCAACGCCAUUCUCCUCAAACCCGGCCUCCCGACUGACGGCAAGGUAACGUUUAAAGUCUUUGACACGCAGGCGAAGGGGAUGAAGAGCCAGAAGACGUGGUCCAAAAAGCGCGGAAUAGAGGCUUCGUGCGAUGCCGUCGUGCUGGUGGUCGACGGAGGAGCCGCAGACGUCCCGUUGGAGAUGGUUGCGCGCUUCCAGCGCGUGUGCAGUAUCUGGGAAGGCCGGGAGAUGCAGAAGCGGUUCGAAGAUCAGUGGAAAGUUCCGAUCCUGCGCUGA